GACAGAAAGUAAUCGUGAAAGAAACCAGUGGGAAGGUGUUCCUGCAAUGUGUAACAGGCAGCCAAAGUCAAGUCGUAUGGCUGAAAGACGGGAAUAGGAUAGAAAACGUAGAACAGCUGGAUUUGGGUUCAGUUUACAAUGAUCCCAGAGGCAUCUAUACAUGUGAAACAGGAAGUGGAAAGAAAAGCCUCCAGGUGCACUAUCGAAUGUGCCAGAACUGCAUCGAAGUGGACGCUCCCACCAUCUCGGGGAUCGUGGUCGCAGAUGUUGUCGCCACUGUCCUCCUGGCAGUUGCUGUGUAUUGCAUCACUGGCCAGGACAAGGGACGCAUGUCACGAGCUUCUGACAGGCAGAACCUGAUUGCCAACGAGCAGCUCUACCAGCCCCUUGGCGAGCGGGACGAUGGUCAGUACAGCCGGCUGGCACCUGCCAAGGCCCGCAAGUGA